AUAAACAAAAUAACAAAUCCAAAGCCCUUCUUGAUUCAUAAAAGAUAAAAACCCCUUUAAUCGAAUCCGGAAUUCGUCAACUACUGAACAACUGCAACAAUGGGUCUUUCCAGUUCAACCCAGAAAGAUGAUCAAUCCACCACCACCACCGUCAAAAAACAGAUCUUCAUCUUAUCCGGCCAGAGCAACAUGGCGGGUCGCGGCGGCGUUAAGAACAAGCGUUGGGAUGGGGUAGUCCCUGAUGAUUGUAAACCUGAUCCCUCCACUAUCCACCGUCUCAACGCUAACCUAAUCUGGGAAACCGCCCAGGAGCCACUCCAUGCCGACAUCGACACAAAGAAGACCUGCGGUGUUGGUCCCGGAAUGUCAUUCGCUAACGCCGUAAAGGAUUACAUCCCCGGAGUAAUAGAUCUCGUGCCGUGUGCAGUAGGUGGCACCGCCAUAAAGGAAUGGGCUAAAGGGCAAAAGUUAUAUGAAGACAUGGUGCGGAGGGCGAAAUCAGCGGCGAGUAGUGGCGGAGAGAUCAAAGCGAUGCUUUGGUACCAAGGCGAGAGCGAUGCGCCAUCGCAAAACGCUGCUGGAUCUUAUAAAACGAACAUGGAGACUUUAAUCCACAAUGUUCGAUCAGAUCUUGGACUACCAUCACUGCCAAUUAUUCAGGUGGCGCUAGCAUCGGGUGAUGGCUACAUAGAGGUAAUAAGAGAAGCACAGAAAGCAAUUGAUCUACCAAAUGUGGUGUGUGUUGAUGCAAAGGGAUUGGAAUUGAAAGAAGAUAACCUCCAUUUAACGACGGCAGCUCAGGUUCAACUUGGACACAUGUUGGCCGACGCAUAUCUCGCCCAUUUCGGAUAGGCGGCUCCUCCGCCGGAGCUUAACCGGAUACUGUCUGUAAUUCAGAUGUUUAAUGUAUCAUUCACCAAUCACUAGCAAUAUUUGCCAUCUAUCUGUUAUUAUUGGUUUGAUGUUCGUGAAAAUCCAAAUGUGAAAUUGGUAUUGGUUUAUCGAUUGACGGAUUGAUAUAUAUUUUUUUUUGUUGUGUAAUGUGAUAUUUGGUACAUCGUACUCGCUAUUUAUAAAGUGUAAUAGGUAAAUAGUUUUUUAACACAUAUAUGUAUAUUUUUUUUUUGCUAUGGGUUUACUGAGUGAUUUCAUGGG